GUCAUGUCUAGGAGGAACCGAUGUAACAAGUAUUGAUAAAUUUCGCUCGCGACGCGCCUGUUACAACAUUUCUAACUAUACGCCGAGCGGCGAUAGACUCCGUCGAAUUAUAUUUCUUCCUGUGGCAGACAGCGACAGCGAUGGUUGUCGAUGCGCGGAGCAAAUGAGAUUGACUUCCGACUGGUGACCCCUUUCUCAAACUGUAAUGACAUGAGCGCUCCAGCAGGAAGCUCAAAUCAUUUUGUGUUUAGAAACAUUGUAGCGCGUCCGCCAAGACUUCUGUCUGUCCGACUUUGGGGAAUAAUGGAGCGUUUUUGAACCAGCCUUUACUGUAGAUACUGUAGCUCUUGAUUCGAUGUUUUAAAUGUGUGUCGUGUCCGUCCAUUUGGACGCAUCAAAAGUAAGCAAAUCGCUGUUCUGAAACCAAAUGGAAAGCUGAACCAUGGCAGCAAAAGAGGACCUAUAUGCCAAAGUCGCUCCACGGAUGCAGCGGCAGAACCGGCCAGGAACUGUCAAACAUGGAAAUUGUCUGGAUGUAUUGCUGUCAAUGGGCUUCCCAAAAACCAGGGCGCUAAAAGCUCUGGUUUCGACUGGGGGCAGAAAUGUACAAGCAGCCUGUGAUUGGUUGUUUUCCCAUGUGGAUGACCCAUUCCUGGAUGAUCCUUUACCCAGGGAGUAUGUGCUGUACCUAAAACCCACCGGUCCCCUCCUCAACCAGCUCUCCAACUUCUGGCAGCAGAGUCGCAUCACAUGCGGAAAGAACAAAGCCCACAACAUCUUCCCUCACAUAACCCUCUGCCAGUUCUUCAUGUGUGCAGAUGCUAAGGUAGACGCCCUCUGUGAAGCUCUGCAGGCUGUGGUAGGUCAGUGGAAAGGUCGCUUCCCUUCCCCGCUUCCCCUGGAGUUCUACUCAUCCUCAAACUUCAUUGGCCUCUUUGUGGAGGAGAAGGUGGCUGAGGUGAUCAAGAGCUUUGCUGCAGACUUUGCCACUGAGGCGGAAUCCAAAGCAGAUGUUCAUGUGGAGCCCCAUAAGAAGCAGCUUCACGUAACUCUGGCCUACCACUUCCAAACCAAUCAUCAUGCAUCAUUAGAAAAACUUGCCAAAAGUGUAGACAUAACCCUGUGCUGUGAUUGGCAAGCUGUACUCUUUUCACGAGACAUCCGAUUUGCCAAUCAUGAGACUCUGCGGGUGAUGUACCCUUAUGCGCCUCAGAAUGAUGAUGAACUGGAGCUGAUGCCCGGUGACUUCAUCUUCAUGUCGUCUAUUGAACAGACCACUGCCAGUGAGGGCUGGGUCUACGGGACCUCGAUGAGCACAGGGUUAUCUGGACUACUGCCAGAAAAUUAUGUCAAUAGGGCAGAUGAGUGUGACACUUGGGUCUUUCAUGGGUCUUUCUCUUUCCUUAAUGGAACCCCCCCAACCAAUAUCAGAGGUGCAAUGGGUGGGAUUUUUUUUGACCCACACUUGGAUGGUCGUCUCCUUGAUGACCCCAUGCCUUUGGAUCCCCCAAGUCUUAGUGUCAUAUGUCAGCCUAUGCAGAUCCUACGACCUAAUCAGUCUCGAUUGCCUAAGAGAACGUUGUUUGUGUGUCGCCAUGGUGAGAGAAUGGACGUAGUGUUUGGGAAACACUGGAUCACUCAGUGCUUUGAUGCCAAAGGUCGGUAUGUGCGGUCAAACCUCAAUAUGCCGGCAAGUCUCCCAGUAAGGAGUGGAGGGUUCAGGGACUAUGAUAAGGACUGCCCUAUUACUGUGUUCGGAUCCACGCAGGCUCGCCUAGUCGGGGAGGCUCUUCAAGAAAGUAAUACAGUAAUAGACUUUGUAUACUGUUCUCCAUCUCUGCGCUGCGUGCAAACAGCUCAUCAUAUCCUCAGAGGUCUUCAAAAGGAUGGGAAGACUAAGAUCAGAGUUGAGCCGGGUUUGUUUGAGUGGACUAAAUGGGUGUCGGGAACCUCAUUACCCGCCUGGAUCCCCCCUGCAGACCUGGCUGCUGCUAACCUUAGUGUGGAUACAACGUACAGACCUCAUAUACCCAUCAGUAAACUGGCCGUGUCUGAGUCCUAUGAAACUUACAUCAGUCGCAGCUUCCAAGUGACGCGUGAAAUUCUGUCAGAGUGCAAUAAUCUGGGAAAUACAGUGCUGAUUGUGGCCCAUGCUUCCUCUCUUGAGGCUUGUACGAGGCAGAUACAGGGUUUGACCCCACAGAACUCUAAAGACUUUGUGCAAGUGGUCAGAAAGAUACCUUACUUAGGCUUUUGUGCUUGUGAAGAGAUGGGUGAGACAGGCGUUUGGCAGCUUGUAGACCCGCCCAUCUUGCCGCUCACCCAUGGACCGAAUCACAGCUUUAACUGGAGAGAAACGCUCCUGCAGAACUGAAAGGCGCUGCAACUUUACCUUCACUGCUCUUCCUCCAAAGGCAACAAAGACGUAGCUUACAGUCACAUCAUUACAGACCUGCAUUAUAGCACUAUAAAAGGCUCAUGCUUCCAUAGCCACGUUCUUGCACUGCUACAGUACACCUCACUGACUCUGUCUUAAUAUAUACAGCAUAAGAGCAGUAAUAUUUGCGUUAGAUUUUCAUAAUGUGCUCAAACACCAUUCAAGCUGCAGCAGAACUCUUGCUUCCAACUGUAGCCCAGGCGUAACUAAAAAUCUGAGAGCUUCAAAGACGUAUGUCAUACACAGGAUGUAAUACACGGUGAUAAACUCAGGUUUCCUGCCUCAGUGAGGAGGAAAUAGUGUGCAAAGUUGAAGAGUCAUCAUCCAACACUUCCAAAAUGGAUGCCGCUGGACUCGGGUUGGGUCUCCGCACCCUUUGUAAACUCCAUUUUACUAGACUCUGUAGGGGAACGAGAUUUCUCCCUAUUACACUGUGAAUCAAGUAGACAUGCACAACCUCUUGCAACAUGAUUUCCCAAUUACACCUUCUACAAGCCCACUCACCAACCUCCUGAAAGCACAAGAAUAUAAUCUGGCAAUCAGAUAGACUGAAAAGCAGCUUUAAAGUAGUUUAGAAAUGGAUUUGGUGGACAGCACAUUCGUCCUGUGCCUUGCUGUCAUGCUGCUACUCUUAAACACUUUGCAACUAUAGGACACUUUGGGAGGACUGUUAGUUAGGGUUUAUUUGGAGACAGUAUUUAAAGGUGUACUUUUCGCAUGUAGGGUCGAUUUUGCAAAAAGGAAGAUGAUCUACCUACUAAGGCAUCAUCAAACAUUCGAAGGCAGUGCCACAAAUGGGUACAAUUUCUUAAGCAGCAGCUUAAAUAAUGUUAUGUGCAGCUGUUAAGGAACGCAUUGCUGUAAGGCAAGCUUUACUUUCUGAGCACUUGAAAAAUCAAACCAAACAGGAAAGAAUGCUUCACCAAUGUAAAGAAUUGUACAUUAAUGCAUAACGUGUCUGUAUAUACUAAGUAACAUAGUAAAAUCCAUUUGAUGUGUUUCACCUUUAAAUGGAACAAAUAUAAUUGCAUUUAUUUAUGUAUUCAUAAGAUAGUUGUAAAGAUAAUAUGUUGGUGCUUCAGGUUUUUUGUUGUUAUUUCCUGUUAUUGGAAUAGAGAAAUCAAGCCAUAGCAAAUGACGAUAUAAAUCAUCACUAUAUAAUGCAGUGUUUUUUUCCACUCCAAGCUCUUGCGUAAGCAUAUCUGUUACGGUUACCGUAAUAUGCCAUCUGUGUUCCCUGAAAUUCAUAACUAUUUUAGCCCACCCAUGGUUUGACAUUUAAUGAUGAGAAAGAGGAGGCAUGCAUAAUGAGGUGUGCAGUGCAUUGCACAAGCAAAAGAGCUUUAUGGAAUUUUUUGCCAUAGUUUUCAAUAGUGUAUUUACUUAAAGAUAAAUGUAGAUGUUAGGCUCGACUGAACAUGCCAAGGGUGUGCAAACAAGGUUAGAUCUGCCAUAAUAUGUUUUGACAGUUUUAUGACGUUGCUGUUUUUAAUUUAACUUAAUUUAAUUUUUUUUUUUUUUUUUUUUUUUUGAGUUUAAGAGUUGAUCUUUUGCCUAAAUGAGUUCUGCCAGAGGAUGAAUGUUGGAACUAUUAAAGGGAUAGUUCACCCAAAAUGUCUAUUUUAAACCUGCAUUACAAUCUUUCUUCUGUGGGACACAAAGCAGAAUUUUAAAAUAAUAUUUGGGCCACUAUUUUUCAAUGACCAGAAAAAUAGCAGAUCCAUUAAAAAAUGUCUGAUGCAUUUUCUUUAUACAUUCUAAUAUAUUGAAAGGGAAGAAUUUCCAGGUAUCAAUAGCUGCUGGUUUAGCUGUGUUAAGUCGUGCUGUUAUGCAUACAUAGGCUAUGCAUUUAAUAUGUUUUUGUACAUGAAUGUGGUAUAAACCUCUUUUGUAUAUAUUUGGGCCACUCUUUUCAAGAUAAUGAAAGUAAAUGAGGACUAGUGUGACCGAAUAUGACCACUAGUCAAUGAUCCGGUUGCAUUUACAAGGGUUGCCUAUAAGGGGAAGAAAUCAGUGAAUAACAACUUUGGCCUGUGUAUUACACAACUCAUUGUAUGAAAUCAGAAGACUUUAAAUAGUACUAUUGCACAUUCAGUCUGUUUUAUGAUAAUUUCAUUGAAAUUGCAAAUAGAGAACCAGUUCAAAAUUUCUGCUUUUGUGUUCCAUGGAAAAAGGAAAGUAAUAGUCAAGAUUGGAACAUGUAUGAGUAAGUGAUGACAGAAUUGUCAUUUUUCCUUUCCUUUCAAAUAUUUCAGAUUAGAGGGAGUCUGAGACAAAUCUUUCUUCAUUCAUUUGGCAUUUUCCAGCUCAACAGUAUAACGUAACCUUCUAAAUGCUUCCUACUCAUGAAUUUAAAUGAGACAUUUAUCUCAGCACAGAUGACUUUAUGUGAACUUAUGAAGAUUUUUAUUUGGUCAGCCCAGUGUAAGUGUGUGUGGGGGUGUGGUUGAGUGUUCAUAUGCUAGAAACUGAAAAUGCUGUUUUCCAAUAAAAAUAAUUACCUUAUUAAAUUGCCCUUGUCUGCCAUUACAACAUGUCUACCAUGAAUAGAUCCUCGUUCUUCCAAAAAUGGCAACACACAACUACCCCAUCAUGUGUAUCAGUGUGUAUUACCACAGAGGGUUGAACGUACAGCUUCAAAAACCGUGUUUGAUUCACUGAGAGGUAAUAUUGUCACUGUAUACUUUUUCAGAAGCAUGCUAUGUGUGCAACUUCUUAUGACUAUUUGAAAAUGAAGUGUAAUAUGAGCCAAAGUGCUUCAUUGAUUUUUUUUUUUUUUUUUUGGAUGGAUCAUUGUUUUCUUAGGGGUGUAUACUUAGACUCAUGAGAUGUUUUAUAUUCCCUUUCUGAUCAAUGACUGAGGAGACCAGUAAAUAUACCAAAAUAAAUAAAUAAAUAAUGAGACAUAUAAGGUUACAAUCGAGGCAUUACAGAUUGUUUGCUGUUAUUAUUAACUGUUGUUUGGUCCUCCCUAAAAUGAGUCAUGUUUAGUUAUCAAUAUAUGCUUUCAUCCAGGUCUCAAUUUCAGUCAAAUUUAAUGUUGGGGAUUUCAGUAGCUUAAAAAUGAUCCUUGCAUGCACAAGAAGAAAAUGCAAAUUUAACCCAAUCAUAGUGAAAAGUUGUACAUGAAAUAGCACAAAACAUACGUUAUAGUUUAGUGCGUAAAGAAUUUGAAUAGAGAUUCCAAAAGCAUAUGUGACAUUCCGCCAAGAAGCUACCUUUUUAAAUAUGAUUGUUGACAUUUAUUUUAAGACUUAUUUUAAUGUGUAACGUUUGUAAAGCAUGUUUGCAAAUAAAUCUUUUGUCAUCCUGCA